CCAGAUAAUCCUCUUAGUUUAAUGAAGCUGCAGAAGCUCGUUCAGCAGGAAGCUCUCACACAUCGAUUGAGCUGCAGGAGACGUUGAACAGAGAAGAAGCCUCAGGAGAUUCAAACAGUUUGUUGUUGUUGUUGUUGUUGUUGUUUUCUUCCUCCUGCACGAUGCUGCCGCGACGGACGCUGUGGAACGCGGUGACGCGUCAGAUCACUCCGCGGCUGAGCUACAGCAGCGCAGCACAAACUCAGGUGAAGCCAAAAAAGGCCACGUUUGGCUCUCUGAGCGACCAGGACCGGAUAUUCACCAAUUUAUAUGGCCGGCAUGACUGGAGACUGAAGGGAGCAGCAAAAAGAGGAGACUGGUACAAGACGAAGGAGAUCAUGCUGAAGGGACCAGACUGGAUACUGAACGAGGUGAAAAUCUCAGGGCUGCGGGGCAGGGGGGGGGCAGGCUUCCCCACUGGAAUGAAGUGGAGCUUCAUGAACAAACCCAGCGACGGCAGGCCCAAGUAUUUGGUGGUGAAUGCUGACGAGGGCGAGCCCGGGACCUGUAAAGACCGUGAGAUCAUGCGUCACGACCCCCACAAGCUGAUAGAGGGCUGCCUGCUGGCUGGAAGAGCCAUGGGAGCCCACGCUGCAUACAUCUACAUCAGAGGAGAGUUUUACAAUGAGUCAUCAAAUCUACAGGUGGCUAUUAAUGAGGCAUACAAAGCAGGGCUGAUAGGGAAGAACGCCUGCGGCUCUGGGUUUGACUUUGACGUGUUUGUGAUGCGAGGAGCCGGCGCCUACAUCUGCGGCGAGGAGACGGCCCUCAUCGAGUCUCUUGAGGGCAAACAAGGGAAACCCCGACUGAAGCCACCGUUCCCUGCAGAUAUAGGGGUGUUUGGAUGCCCGACGACUGUUUCCAACGUGGAGACGGUUGCUGUGGCGCCUGCAAUCUGUCGUCGAGGAGGAGCCUGGUUUGCCAGCUUUGGGAGGGAGAGGAACUCUGGGACCAAGCUGUUCAACAUCUCCGGUCACGUGAACACGCCGUGCACGGUGGAGGAGGAGAUGUCUGUUCCGCUGAGGGAGCUGAUAGAGAGACACGGAGGAGGAGUGAGGGGCGGCUGGGACAAUCUAUUAGGAGUGAUCCCAGGGGGGUCCUCCACUCCCAUCAUCCCUCGGCAUGUGUGCGAUGAUGUUUUGAUGGAUUUCGAUGACCUGGUCCGCGCAGAGACGGCUCUGGGAACUGCAGCCAUUAUAGUCCUGGAUAAAUCUACUGAUGUGAUUAGAGCCAUUGCACGUUUGGUGGAGUUCUACAAACACGAGAGCUGUGGCCAGUGCACCCCCUGCAGAGAGGGUGUGGACUGGAUGGAUCAGAUGAUGUGGAGGUUUGUGCGAGGAGAAGCAGCCGUUUCAGAGAUCGACAUGAUCUGGGAGCUGAGCAAGCAGAUCGAGGGACACACCAUCUGUGCCCUCGGGGACGGAGCCGCUUGGCCUGUGCAGGGCCUAAUCCGCCAUUUCCGGCCAAUCAUGGAGAAUCGCAUUGGUCAGUAUAACAAGAAAAACCCUCCAAGAGAGCCGGCGAUUGAGAUGAUGUGAAAGUGUGAUGUCCAUGUCAGCUUUCUGUCUUUCACAACUGUAUUAUUUUAAAGCUCAUCAUGUUAAAUGUGUAAACGUAAAUGUAAACAUUAAUUUUGGGCAUAGUUUUUCAAAUUAAAAUGCUUUUUCUUGAUUGUACAGUA